GACACAGUAUACACCAGGAUCUAGAAGCUGGAUUUUAACCUCGUGUCUCUCCCUAGAAUUUCAGAGAGUCCUGUUGUGAUCUCUGUUGUAAUUAGCCAUUUGGUUAAGGUUUAUUCUUUACAUGAAUGUGCUAGGAAUUCAUAUAUGUUCGGGAUGUACUGGAAUUAAAAGGAUUUAAGAGAUCAUGUACAUACUCUAGGAUAAGUGAGAUUUACCAGUCCCUGGAUGAAACGCUUGGGAAGUCUUUAAAUGCCAGAGUUGACUGCCAUUUCAAAGAAAAGAAAAUAGAUGGUUUUGAAAAGUUCAUGCUGUUUCUUCAUUGAAUUUUAGAAUGAUUGAAGAUAGUGGGAAAAGAGGAAAUACCAUGGCAGAAAGAAGACAGCUGUUUGCAGAGAUGAGGGCUCAAGAUCUGGAUCGCAUCCGACUCUCCACCUACAGAACAGCGUGCAAGCUGAGGUUUGUUCAGAAGAAAUGCAAUUUGCACCUGGUGGACAUUUGGAACGUCAUAGAAGCUUUGAGGGAAAAUGGUCUGAACAACGUGGACCCAAACAUAGAACUCAACGUGGCCCGAUUGGAGGCUGUGCUCUCCACCAUUUUUUACCAGCUCAACAAAAGGAUGCCGACCACUCACCAAAUUCAGGUGGAGCAGUCCAUCAGCCUCCUGCUAAACUUCCUGCUGGCAGCCUUUGAUCCGGAAGGCCAUGGUAAAAUUUCAGUAUUUGCUGUCAAAAUGGCUUUAGCCACAUUGUGUGGAGGGAAGAUCAUGGACAAAUUAAGAUAUAUUUUCUCGAUGAUUUCUGACUCCAGUGGGGUGAUGGUUUAUGGACGAUACGAUCAGUUCCUGCGGGAAGUUCUCAAACUACCCACAGCAGUGUUUGAAGGGCCUUCAUUUGGUUACACAGAACAGUCAGCUAGAUCCUGUUUCUCUCAACAGAAAAAAGUCACCUUAAAUGGUUUCUUGGACACGCUCAUGUCAGAUCCUCCCCCGCAGUGCCUGGUCUGGCUGCCCCUUCUGCAUCGACUGGCAAAUGUAGAAAACGUCUUCCAUCCAGUUGAGUGUUCGUACUGCCACAGUGAGAGUAUGAUGGGAUUUCGCUACCGAUGCCAACAGUGUCACAAUUACCAGCUCUGUCAGGACUGCUUCUGGAGGGGACAUGCCGGUGGUUCCCAUAGCAACCAGCACCAAAUGAAAGAGUACACGUCCUGGAAAUCACCCGCUAAGAAGCUCACCAACGCGUUAAGCAAGUCUCUGAGCUGUGCUUCCAGCCGUGAACCUUUGCACCCCAUGUUCCCUGACCAGCCUGAGAAACCACUCAACUUGGCCCACAUCGUGCCACCCAGACCUGUAACCAGCAUGAAUGACAGCAUGUUCUCCCACUCUGUCCCCUCCUCAGGAAGUCCUUUUAUUACCAGGAGCUCUCCUCCCAAGGACAGUGAAGUCGAGCAGAGCAAACUGCUGGCUAGGGCUGCUCCAGCUUUGCUGAAGGGCAAAGGGAUACAGUACAGUCUGAAUGUGGCAGACAGGCUAGCUGAUGAACAUGUUCUCAUCGGGUUGUAUGUCAACAUGCUCCGGAACAACCCAUCAUGUAUGCUUGAGAGCUCCACCCGGCUUGAUGAAGAGCACCGGCUGAUCGCCAGAUACGCGGCGAGACUGGCAGCAGAGUCCACUUCAUCUCAGCCAGUACAGCAGAGGAGUGCCCCUGACAUCUCCUUCACCAUUGAUGCAAAUAAGCAACAAAGGCAGCUGAUUGCAGAACUAGAAAACAAGAACAGAGAAAUCUUACAGGAGAUCCAGAGGCUGCGGCUAGAGCAUGAGCAAGCUUCUCAGCCCACUCCGGAGAAGGCGCAGCAAAACCCCACUCUGCUGGCAGAGCUCCGCCUCCUCAGACAGCGCAAGGAUGAGCUGGAACAGAGAAUGUCUGCUCUCCAGGAGAGCCGGAGAGAGCUAAUGGUCCAGUUAGAAGGUCUCAUGAAGCUACUAAAGACCCAGGGGGCAGGCUCUCCCCGCUCCUCCCCCAGCCACACCAUCAGCAGGCCCAUCCCCAUGCCCGUCCGGUCAGCGUCUGCCUGCUCCACCCCGACCCACACGCCUCAGGACUCUCUCACAGGGGUAGGGGGAGAUGUACAGGAGGCGUUUGCACAAAGUUCAAGAAGAAAUUUAAGGAAUGACUUACUAGUAGCAGCGGAUUCGAUCACUAACACCAUGUCCUCUCUCGUGAAAGAGUUGAAUUCCGAAGCGGGGAGUGAAACUGAGAGUAACGUGGAUUCUGAAUUUGCACGGACUCAGUUUGAAGAUCUAGUCCCAUCACCAACCUCUGAAAAGGCUUUUCUAGCGCAAAUCCAUGCCCGAAAACCCGGGUACCUUCACAGUGGAGCUACCCCAAGUGCUAUGCGUGGCGACGUAUUUGCUCCGAAACUCCCACUGUGGUUGAUUCCCAGGGUUACAGAAGAUGGGGACCCAUAUGUACGGCCAGAGGAUGAGAACUAUGAAGAUGACUCAGUCCGGCAGCUGGAGAAUGAGCUGAAGAUGGAGGAGUACCUGAAACAGAAGCUACAGGACGAAGCCUACCAGGCAAGCUAUAGUCAGACAGAUGAAAGUAACAUGAGAACUGGUGAUGAAGGACAGAGCUGCACCCACCCCUACAGAGGAGAAGACGGCAGCCUCACCUCACAGAAGAGAGGACCCACCGCACGCAGCAGCUCCUGACAGACCCCUGCCCCUAAAGACGCGUUCUGCCGGCUAUAGCGCAGCUAACUUUUCGUUCUCAGAUUUGUAGUUCAUAGAUGUGUGUUUUGAGAAGGAAAAAAAAAAAAAGACUUCUGUUCAAAGCUAACUUAUCAGCUACAUCUUCUGUAACAUGUCUCAUCCCUCAAAAUGAAAACACAGGCUGAAAUCCCGUCCUGCUGUUACUCACAACGGCAGUAUUAACAAGGAUCUUAAACCUUUGCACAUGAUAUUGAACCUGGUCAGUUUACAACGACAAUAUUAAUACUGUUUAUAGCUAGGAGUUUGAUUUCUGAAUUCUCUGAGAUUUUAGCAAAACAAUUGAUUAUAUACACUGUACAUUUUUUUUUUCCACAGCAGUUGGAGAAAAACAACCACUUGCAAUUACUCACUAAGCCCGAAGGAUUUGGUUCCUGAGGGUACAGACUCAGAGCCCUAAAGCCAAGAAGGGCCCUCGGCCUGCAUGGUCUGCACUUGUCUCCAAGUCUCUGAGAGCAGAGGCUUGAACCAAACACACCAGGAGAAUCCAGUCUUUGGGGCUUCUUUCCAACUUGGGGUUGUUUUCUUUCAAGAUACUCUAACCAAUCAGCCAUAGAGUUUAGUGUAAAUAUUUUUUUCCAAAUAGAGAUCAUAUUCCCAAAAAAAAAAAAAAGGCAACAUUCAAAUUAUAUAGAAUCUAGUUUUUAAAAUCAGCACAGAUCUUCUUAAAAACUGUGAACUCUGUUGAAAUACUCGUUACUAAAGCUGUUUAUAAACCACAGGUGCCAUAAGAUCCCCCCAAUGGACUCAAGUUAUCUCUGCUCUUCCACGGGCUGGUUCCUCUCGGUUUAGCUUUAGGGAGCAUGUCUCUAACAGCACCGCUCAACCGCAAGUUCCCCUAUCAGGUCGUUUGGACGCCUUUCAGCUUUAAAUGUACAGGCUUAAAGUGCGCUUGCAAACGUUCGCCCUCCUUUUCUUUCUGAAUGUGUAUUGCCUUAGCUGGCUACCUGGUGUUCUGCAUGCAGCCUCCUCUGGUCACGUGAGAGGAAAUGGGCUCCUCUAAGUGGAGUUGGGAUUUUGCACUCCGUGAAAAGCUAAUGUGCAAAAGAACUGACAAGGAAGGGAGAAUGAAUGACUCUGUCGAUGGUCCUUUCUGAGGGCCCUCUUUGGGGAGCGCUAGAGACCUCCCUUAGGGAUUCAGGGGAAAUGAAAAAAUCAUCUUCUACUCAUGUCAAGAUUUGAUGAAAUAAACAUCCUACAACGUAGUAGAUACAUUAUCCUUAAAUUGGCAGCUUCCCUGGAUUCCUGUUUCUCCCUUAAGAGAAAGAAGAGAGCAUCAUUUUAGAACAGUGGUUCUCACAGUGUGGUCCUUGGACCAGCAGCGUCAGUAUCACCUGGGAAUUUAUCAGAAAUGCGGAUUCCUAGGCCCUAACCCAGGCCUAAGGAAUCAGACAUUCUGGGGCUGGGGCCCAGUAAUCUGUGUUUGAAUAAACCCUCCAGGUGAUUCUGAUGCACGCCGAAGUUGGAGAACCACUGCUUUAGAAUAAAGUUGUAUAAUAAAAUCUCUGAAAAGGCCUUAUUCAGAAUAAGCAAGAAAGAUUCUGAGUCAACCUCAAAGCUUCAGCUAUUCGGUUUUGCUUCCAGGGCUGGCAAAAACCUGCCACCUCCCAGAGUCGGUAGUUGGUGGGUGCCCAGCUGAGAAGAGACAUCCUGACAUCUUCCAGCUUCCUCUCCAGAGAGCUCUAAGAUGUUCACGUCUGUGCACUGGGUCAAAAACCACCUCCUUGGCUGCCCUGUGGAACAAAAUCGCUUGCCUUGGGGCUAGUAAAGCUCUUGGUUGGCAUUAGCGAGGAGCCCAGUCUGCCCACUGAUGUACUUAAUCAUAUUUCCCUCCGGAGAACCAGCCUGACAAAUGUCCCUGAGAACAGGCUGACACCAAAGGGACACAACUGCACAGUUCUCAGAUUUCUUUGCACAGAUGGAUUUUUUUGCGGAUUUUGUUGGUAUGUCUUAAUGUUCAUCUCUUUUCCACUGCCCAUCCUCUGUGAACCCGUGCCUCUCUAGAUGGAGCAGGUGGCCACUGGUGCCUCAUACUCAGUACUUAAAACCACUACAUCCCAGCUACCUACAUGGCUGUCAGCUCUCAAUCAUAGCCCGGCAGUUCUCGAACUCAGAACCCUGACCCUGCAGGUGGCAUUCGGCCACCAACUGGACCGAGCUGACAGGUGUUGUCAUUUUGUGUUUCUACAUCAAAACGUUUGUCUAAGGUUUGAACUGUUCUGCCAAUAACCUUCCCCCGUCAUAGCAUUCAUUGCCAACUCCAUCACACGGUUGUCGAAACCAUCGUACAAAGCCAUUGCAAGGACUCUGGAAACUGCUGCCAAUGACCAAUUCCUGACUAACCAGCCACCUUUUCUUUCUCUUAGCUCCACGUCAGCACUGAGACCAGACUCAAGCACCCCUGUCCUGUAGCCAAGACAAAAUGGCGUGUGUUAUUCUGGGUUUUUGUGGUUUGCGGUGGGUUUCUUUCCUUGGCUCUCCAAAUCUACUUUUGGGGCCUGU